UCCUGGCUCGGGACUCUUGCAUGGCACUGUGAAGUGGAAGCGCUCCGGGGGAGAGCUUCUGCCCGCGAUUGCAUGCAGUGCCGGGGAUCCCCCUGCUCCGGGGAGGGCCUCGCCGCCCCCUCCGGCCCGAGAAGGGCUCAGGAGGCGCCCCCUAGCCUACAGGUGACCCACCCUGCCUCUCUGCUGUCGGGGCGCGAUGCUCUGACUGCCGAUGGACGCCCGGCUUGUCUCGGCAGCGCUCGCCUCCUCUGCCCCGCGACGCAGCGGUCCUGAUCCCGGCAAGAGCGGACACUAACCCCCUCCUCCCCCUCCUCCCGCUUCGCCUCUGCAGCCAGCCUUCGCCCCAUGGACGUAGCGACGGCCCCCGAGUCGCUGGAAAGCUGUUUCAACCGGGGCUCCACUGACUGCUCCAAGAUGCUGGACGGAAUUAAAAUGGAGGAUCACCCGCUGCGAUCGGGUCCCGCAACUUUAGGAGUCUUGCUAGGGUCAGACUGUCAGCACCAGGCCGUCUGCGAAGGGUGCCAGCGGCCCAUCUCGGACCGCUUCCUGAUGCGCGUCAACGAAUCCUCUUGGCACGAAGAGUGUCUCCAGUGCGCCGUGUGUCAACAAGCGCUGACCACCAGCUGCUACUUUCGGGACCGCAAGCUUUAUUGCAAGCAAGACUACCAACAGUUGUUCGCUGCAAAAUGCAGUGGGUGCAUGGAGAAGAUUGCCCCAACAGAGUUUGUGAUGAGGGCUCUGGAGUGCGUCUACCACUUGAGCUGCUUCUGCUGCUGUGUCUGUGAGCGGCAGCUGAGGAAGGGAGAUGAGUUUGUGCUGAAGGAGGGGCAGCUGCUCUGCAAGAGUGACUAUGAAAAGGAGAAAGAUUUGCUCAGCUCUGUCAGCCCUGAUGACUCAGAUUCAGUUAAAAGUGAUGAUGAGGAUGGGGAUGUGAAACCGACCAAAGGACAAGCAAACCCAGGGAAGGGUGGAGACGACGGGAAGGACCCAAGGAGACCAAAGCGGCCGCGGACGAUACUCACAACACAGCAGAGGAGAGCUUUCAAAGCUUCAUUUGAAGUAUCUUCCAAGCCUUGUAGGAAGGUUAGGGAGACACUAGCAGCUGAAACAGGCCUCAGUGUCAGAGUUGUCCAGGUGUGGUUUCAGAAUCAAAGAGCAAAGAUGAAGAAAUUGGCCCGAAGGCAUCAACAGCAGCAGGAGCAGCAGAAUUCACAGCGACUAGGUCAAGGUGAAACCACAGUGGUGACGUGGAUGGGACCCUUGGGGUUGAUGAUGGCAUUUGGGGGUUAUGGCCUUUUUUCCAAAGUUAUGUCCAACCGAAUGGAGGGGAUGAUGACAUCUUAUACACCGCUAGCACCGCCACAGCAGCAGAUUGUAGCGAUGGAUCAGAGCAGCUAUGCCACUGACCCCUUCCAGCAAGGUCUCACACCACCACAAAUGCCAGGGAAUGACUCGAUUUUCCACGACAUCGACAGUGAUACCUCUCUAACUAGCUUGAGCGACUGUUUCCUGGCCUCCUCAGAAGUAAACUCCAUGCAGGCCAGGGUUGGAAACCCCAUUGACAGGCUGUACUCUAUGCAGAGUUCUUAUUUUGCCUCAUGAAAUUCAAGGGAAAACAAGGGGGGAACCCUGGAAAGAAGGCCCAUCUUCACAGAUGACUCCCCAACCCCUCACGUGCCCCCUGAUUUCUCAGCUCAGACUCUUACAGCCAUAUUUUCCUCAGCUCUUCCUUCAUGCUGACUUCAGGCUCUGUGACAACAGGAGUGUUAAAUUAAGAGAGACUUUCAUUUUUUUUAUUUAAAAAAAUGAAAUUUCAAGGCUGCUGCCAGAUCACCUACAGAAAAAAUAAGUAUCAUGGCACUAGCAUUGAGUUCAGGAGGAACAUGGCAACGCCCAUCAACAACCCUCCAUUUUGAUCCCGCCAUCGCAAAGGAAAGCAAGAUGAACACCAUGAAACCUAUUAACCUUUUGGAGCCUCUUUCGGAUGCCCGGAGCCACAAGUAUCACCACCAUUUUGAGGGGGGGGGUAUUGACCCAUGCAGCAAAAAAGGUCGGAGUAACAUGUUAGUUGUGGACCAACAGCCAACCCGGACUGUGAGACCUUUUCCUGUAACAGUGGCUCCCAAGCAAAUACUUCCUCUUUCCUACGUUCCACGCCCCCCUUCCUUCCCCGCACCAUAAAAGCCCAUAGACUGGUACAUUAGUUUAUAGCCUUUGUACUGUAUGAAACUGGGCGAGAGAAGGGGCAGCGGGGAGAUGAGUAGCUGGUGAAAAGUAAGACUGUGGAGAAAGACAAAGAGCGAAGGCUCAUGUCAUAAUGAUAGUAUUUUAAAUAAAUGACGAAGUAGAUGCAUGAGUUAGUGGGGAGGGUUUCAUUUAGAUUAGUAGUAACAUUUUGUUUUUUUAACAAAAAUGAGCAAAAGGUUCUUAUGAGACACACAGUUUCAUUUAACUACAUUUACCAAUAUGAGCACAAAACAUUAGGGUGGGUGUUCUUUAUUUUUAAAAAAAUGUAAUAUAACUCACUCUCAAAUUCUCCACUUUCCUCCCCCCCCCACUCAUGUGAUUGGCAGGCAUCUGUUGGGUGUUCCUUAUGUUUAUAUCUACUUGACAGAUAUAUGCAGUGCUCCGUUGUCCCAAUCUGGGUUAAUUAGGAAGGUCUUUGAGAGAGAGAGAAAUCUGCCAUGUCCCUUGGGACCCUCCUGAAAUGUCAGUCGAGUCACUGUAGAAAAAGCAAUGCUUGGGGGGGAUUGCAGUUCAGUGGCAGAGCAUCUGCUUUGCAUGCAGAAGGUCUCAGGUUUUCUGGCAUCUCUAGACAGCUGGGAAAAGCUCCUGUGUGAAAUCCUGGAGAUCAGUGGCCAAUCAGACUGGAUGGUACUGAGCUAGAUGGGCCAAUAGCAGCUUCCUAUGUCCUCAUUUUGUUCCUAUGGCUUUCCCCCAAGCCCUUACUCAGACUUAAUGAACUCCAAUUGCUCAGUUACUCCAGAUUCACAUGGACCAGUAGAUAGCUGAAACUCAGGCUUCAGCAUCUGCAAUACAGGAUUAUGCAUGUUCACUCAUAAAUCAGUCCCACUACUAUAUUUGAUUCAUUGGUUAGAUUGGGGAUGUGGGCUAGGGGCUGAUGAGAGUUGGAGUCCAACAACAUCUGGAGGACUGGUUGCAGGUAGCAGGUCUUUAAUUUGUUGAAAUAUUUUUAAUAAGUUAACAAAAAACAACCACCCAGCAGGUAAUGUGAUAUCUUAUUGGAUGAAUUCCUUCCAUGUAUAUCAGAGAGGAAAGGAUGCUUCUUCUCAGAUGUGGUAGCUACUUUGCUGGAUGUGUGAGUUAUGAAAAAACACCAAAAGGUAUUUCCUUCUUGAACCAAUCAACGCUUUCCCUCUUUUGCAGUUUUCUGCAUAUUUUAUGUAUUAUUUGAUUCUUUAGCUGCUACCAUUCAUCGACUAAUAUUUCUCUUACUGGACCACAGCCCUAGUUGAAUGCGGCCCACUGAAAGUGGACUUGGUAGAGCCAAAAACAAAUGAAUCAAUUCAAACCCUACACAGAAUUGAGGAAGGAUCCUAAAUGUUACUGUGGUCUUGACCAAUUCCCCUUUAAUUGUAGCACUUUUAAAUGAAUCUGAAAAUGGCGAUGAAAGCUAUCCAUUAGUUGUUGCUACAAUGAGAAAGAACAUGAGAAUGGGCUCACUGAUGAAGACCAGUUAGUGUUUCCCGGCAGUGGUGUGAAAUGCGGACUCCCAACAGGAGAUAGAUCUAGAACCAAUGGCAAAGAGAAUCGCCUCCUGACAGGCUGUAAGUCAGGAAUCAAGCCAAUGGGGACUGCCCAAGGGCAGACGCAGGUUAAUGGGACAGCACCCCUUUUGCCCAAAUAAACUAGCCUCUGCUGUUGGAUUAUCUAGUGGUGGCAAGACAACCAUUUACAUUUUCCCACAAUGCCACCAGAGCAAUGUUGAACCAGGAAUGGGAAUUUAAAAUGGAUGGUGGAUGGUGGGGCCAGGUUAUCCAUGGACAUACAUGCUCAGAGAGUGGCUGUGUUGGUAUCUUGCAGCAAAAAAAAACCCUUCCCACACCUUAGGAGUUAUUUAUUGUAUUGUGGCAUGAAAAUGGCAUGAGCAUGGGCAGGAGUCAAGGGAGAGGGGAGUUACAGGGACUGUCACACACACCUCUUAUUCAUCCAAGAACCUAACAACAUAGGAGCCCUCAUGUUAGCUAUCCCUACAUGCAAAUGGACAGAAGGCCUACAAAGGCUGCAUUCGCAUCAUACAUUUAAAACACUAUGAUACAAUUUUAAACAGUCACAGUUUCCCAGAAUGAAUUCUGAGAGCUGUAGCUCAUUAAAGGUGCUGACCACUAUUUCCCUCCCAAAGCUCCAAUUCCCAGUUUUGCCUGAAGAGAGAUUGACUCUUAAAUCACUCUGGGCACUGCCAUUCUGUGAGGGGAGUAGGGAGGGGAGCAGGUCUCCUAACUGUCAGUGUCCUGGACAAACUAGAGCCCCCAGAAUUCUUUAGGUGAAGGCAGAAUGCAAGAACAGCAGAGCCAGAGCCAAUAACAAGGAAGAACCAAUGGUAGGCGGAGCCAAUUAAUUCUAGUUUUGCUGCCACAAAACUCCCUGGUGAGUUCCACAAGGGCAACCUUCAGACAAAGGAAGAGGAGGAAAUUGACAAGCAGUGCCAAUGGAGGGGCAGGCAGGUGGAGGGGCAGGUGGAGGGGCAGGCAGGAGGAAGAGCAUUUAAAAUGAAUCAAAACAUGAUUUCCCUCAAAAGUCUUGACAAAUUGGAUGCUUCUUCUUUCUUCGUUGGCGAUCACUCAUAGUCGAGUAAGAUUGUCUUCCAUGAACACGGUCUUAACAGUGAGUCCGUAAAUGAUUGUGGAGGCCAAUUCUGGAUCCACAUGUCCUUCCACAGUGGGGACAUAGGUUUCCAAGCGGAAGUUUAUCACAAUGAGGGUUUGCCAAGCAUACCUUCCUCUUAGCACAUUUUCCCCUUUUGUCCUGAGUUCAAGCAUCUUUGAAGUCCACGACACCUUUGGUAAAGGCUGUUCUCCAAUUGGAGCGCUUGCAGGCCAGUGUUUUCCAAUUUUUUAAGAUUUGCUUUGAGAGAGUCUUUAAACCUGUUUUGUUGACCACCAGCAUUACACUUUCCAUUUUUGAGUUUGGAAUAGAGUAGUUGCUUUGGAAGGCAAUAAUCAGGCAUCCGCACAACAUGACCAGUCCAAUGAAGUUGAUGUUGAAGAAUCAUUGCUUCGACACCGUACACUGGCAUUAGUUCACCUGUCUUCCCAAGUGAUAUGUAAACAUUUUUGGAGACACCGUUGAUGGGAUCUUUCCAGGAGUUGGAGAUGGUGUUUAUAAGUGGUCCAUGUUUCACAAGAUAUACUGUAAUAAGGUUGGUAGUACAGUACAAUGGCUUUGUAAACAAGCAUUUUGGUUUUCCUGCAAAUGUCCUGGUCCUCAAACACUUGGCACUCAGAAUGAGGAAUGGAGGAAAGUUGCUUUUUAGCAUAAAGUUAUGUCAGCUUCCCCACUACUCAUGAAUACAUUUCUGUUGAGGGUUGGUAUCUACAGGUUCAACAGAAAGUGCUUUAUACUGAGUCAGACGACUGGUCCAUCUAGCUCAGUAUUGUCUACGCUGAUUGGUAGCAGCUCUGCGGGGUUUCAGGCAGGGUUACAUGCCCAGCAUACCCUGGAGAUGCUGGGGAUUGAACCUGGGACCUUAUGCAUGCAGAGCAGAUGCUCUGCCACUGACUAGUUUAAUAAUACAUCAAGUAGCUUAAUAGUCAUUCCAUGUCCUGAGAGAACUCUGGAAAUUGUAUUUUGUCAGAGAGCCCACAGAUCUAGAAGACCUACCCCAGGAUUUUGUAGGAAGCCAUACCUAUUAGGCCAGAUACAACAGACACAAAUUUGACAUGCAGUAUUCCCAUACAUCAGUGGGGACUCAUAUGUUGCUCCCUAGGUAUUUGUACCCCAACUCCUAACCACUACCCGUUCUGACCACUGCCCAUUGUGGCUGGGGCUAAUGGGAGUUGGCAUCCAACAACAUAUGGAGGGCAGCAGGUCCCCCAGUUUUGCCCUAUGUAAACAGCAUCCGGUCGCUUGAUUGGUCCACAACUGAACAGAUGUUCUUCUAUGUGGACCUCCCUCACUAUUUUUAUUCGUGGAGAAGUUUGAAUUUCCCAUAUUUGUAAAUGGAAGGAAUGAGCCACAUCCAUUGGAUUGUAUAUUUGAGUUUUCUUUUUAAAAGAACACUGUUCCAGAGCACAAGUGAUGCAGCAGGGACGCGGAAGCCAUUCUUAGUGUCAUGUCUAAAAAAUGUUAUUCCUCUUGUGUUCAUUCUAGACCAGGGAUAGGGAACCAGUGGUUUCACAGUUGCUGUUGGUCUUCAACUCUCAUCACCCCCUAGCCAGCAUGGCCAGUGGUCAGGGAGUUGUUCACUGACAACAUCUGUAAGGUCACAUGCUCCUCACGAGGGUAUGUUAGGAGCCAUAUUCUAGGUGUUUUUCCCCAAACAUUUGAGUCUACUAUGCCAAAAAUGAAUUCAUUGUUUGCCAAAUAUUCAUCUAAAGGGUUAUCAGAGGACACCAUCUAGCACAUAGUAAUUUCCUAUGUCAUGGGCUUGAUACACUGACAGUUUUAACAGUAUACCAAAUGGUGAGGAGGCUUUUUGCAUGUGUGUGUGUGCAUGCGCGCACACACGCAUGCACGCGGAUGCACACCCCAACACCAAUCAUGCAGUUUCCUGAUCUGGCACAGAAAAGGUCUCAUUGCCACUUCUUCUGAUGAUACAGCUAAAUUCCCCUCUUUAUCCUGAAGCAUAGAGAAUGUGAGUACCAUAACUAAGGUCUAAAGUAUAUAUAAUGUUAAAGAUAUCCUUUGUUAUGUAUUCAGCAGCCACUGUGGGGAAGGGGAGUUCAAAUCUGUCUCUCCCUGCACCAUCUCCCACAAAAACCUGCCCUCUGAAACUGCUAGUUGCUUUACAUGGUGCCAAUGGGGACUUGAAAUGCAAGCAGCAGCUUCAGAGACAUGGUUUUCAUCAGGAUUGUGGGAAGGAUAAAAGAUACAGUAUUCCCCUGAAGUGUCAAUGUUUCCCAGGCAUUGCAAUGGCUGCUACUUACAUUAAACAACAACAACAACAACAUGCACACUAGUUGCAUUUGCAACACUGGUGCCAUGUUUAAUUUGAGGCUAAGAAUCUUGCUUUGCUUACAUUUCUGAGAUAUAUAUUGUUUCUGAAAACUUGAACUCAUUGAAACAGAUCCAAUCGUACACUUUGUUGAAAUGUUUUAAGCAGCUUAUACUUAGGAUGCUGGAGGCAUCCUAUAUACUGGAAUUGAUAACACCUAGCAAAGUCCUUAAGUUAUAAGCAGGCCCUCCAGAUGUGGCUGCACUACAACUCCCAUCACCACUGGCCAUGCUUGCUGGGGCUGAUGGGAGUUGUAGUUCAACAGCAUCUGGAGGGCCAUAGGUACCCCAUACCAGGCUUAUAGUGUUCUCUCCAAUGCUAGUCCCACAUAGAGUAGAUCCACUGAAGUUAAUGGGCAUGACUAAUUUAGGUUUAUUAAUUUCUAUAGCUCUACUCUACUUGAGUAGAAAUUAGUUUGGUGCACAACCCAUGGUUAGUAUACAGAUGGAAAACCUGUAAAAUGAGGACGCCUCUCCUGUGCAGGGCAAAUAAAGUGUCCCUUUACGUAUUUCCAAAAAAAGAGGAAUCACACACACCACAAAAGGAUAAAAGAGGUCACAGAUUUGCAUAGUAUUUGUAUAUGCAUAAUUUAUAUGCAUAAACCAAAUUUAGAAACAAGGGCUAUAAUUUAAAUGGAAAUGUGGUACCUCUUGCCCUAGAAGGGGAAACUGUGACCAGGUGACCUGUGUGCUUGCUUGGUCAGCUGUCUAUGUGCUCGUUGUUGAUGCUCUCCCAUCUGAUGGCACUUCAUCUCAGAUUGAGACAGAGAAUCCCUUCAAAUAAAGGAGACCUUUAAAUAUGAUGACGAUGAUUAUUAAUUAAAUCUUUAUACUGCUCUUCAUCUGAAGUUCUCAGGGUGGCUCAUAGCAUAAAAAGACAAAAUAAAAACACAAAAUAUAUAAUAAAAGCAAGAACAAAAAUAAAGCAAACAAACACACCCCACAAACACAUUUAAAAAGACAUAGAAUAUUAAUCAUCCCAAGACCUGGUUGAAGAGGAACAUUAUUGUCUGGCACCUAAAUAUGUAUAAUGAGGGCACCAGGCAAGCCUCCCUGGGGAGAGCAUUCCACAAACAGGGAGCCACUGCAAAUGGAUAUAUGUCCUCUGUGGAUUAGGACACCUGACCGGCCUAAAACGUUUUUCUGUGAUGCAGACAUUGCUUAUCAUUGCUGCGGCAAAGCAAGGUGUCUUUAUUUUUGAGCAUUGCCAUAAUAGCAGGGAGCUCUGGUUGGUUCAUGGGCUAAGACCAAAGGUGAUCCCUCUCCACUGGCAGAGGAAGAGGAGUGUGAGGGGAGUGCACCGCCCCCGGCAGCGCAAUCCCAGCAGGGUGCCAUCGCAGCUGCCCCCACCUGCCUGCGCUGGGCACCCCACCCCCAGGACACACUCUAGCUCCGCCCCCGCCUGCUCUCCGCCCCCCGGUGCCGGAGCAUGAAGCCACCACUGUCCCUCUCCAAGCAGAAAAUCUGAGCAGUCAAAGAGAAGAGGAGGGUGGUGGCAGGUCAGAAGUCUUCCAGGCACUGAAACCACAUCAAGAACCUUCCAAGAGUUCCUAGGUGUUGUAAUCUCUUGGAGUUCUCUACACCCAACUGUCACAUUUUCAAUCCCAACAAACAAAUAUCUUCUCUCUUUCUCCCCCCCCCCUUUUUUUUGCAGGGGUAAGUUCCACCAUUUGAAGUUUCCCCACCCUGAAGCACAAAGAAGCAAUGUAUAGAAUAGAAUAGAAUAGAAUAGAAUAGAAAUGUACUGUGUGUCCCUCUGAGACCACCACCCUGACAUAGUCUUCAGUCUCCAAGAAUUUGUUUAAAGACUAGGUGUGUGGAGCCCCUUAUUAGCCUUUGGAGACCUUUAUUUUAAUAUAUACAUAAUUGCUUCCCAAAAUGUAUUCACCUUCAGAAAUGGGAGAAAGAGCUCUCCCUCAUCUGCAACCCCUGGUUCCUUUAUCAUUCUGUGGGUUUGUGUUGUCCUUCCUUCAGCCAAAUUCUGCCUUAACUCAGAAUUAUAUAUCCUGACUUAGAAUGUGCAUUCUACUGCUGUGUCCAGUUAAUUUGCUUUUUUUUCUUCAGUGGGAGAGUUAGGGUAAUUUUAACCUCUGGACAUCGGUGACACCCACCUCAUAAACCACAUGCCCCCCCAAUGGGAAUUGUAGUUUACCCCUCAAAGAACUACAAUUCCCAGCACUCUUAACAAACUCAUCAUUCCCCGGAUUCUUAAGGGUAAGCCAUGUGCUAUAAACAUGCUUUAAAUGCAUGGGGUAGAUGCAACCUUAAUGGUCUUACGAGGAGUAUCCCUCUAGACUGCAAUGUGCAUGACUUCACACACUUCAAAAUGUGGUAAGCCAGCCCUGGGGACCCUCCUGUUCAUCCUGCUGAGUGGAGCCAUAGGAUUCUGCCAGAAAGUCCUGCACCACUGUCUCCCCUGCCCAUGUAACAAUGCACAUGUAUGCAUUGAUAAAAAUACAAAAAAGCAACCUGGAUUUGAUUGCAUGUUUUAUUUGAUAAGUGUUGGGUGUUUUGUUUUUGUUUUGCAGUGUUUUUAUAAUGGUGUAUAUGUAGCCCUCUAAUAUGGAGCACUGGUAAAACACUACAUGAAAAGGAUCUGAAUAUAAGCAUACAUACAGUCACAUCUCAGUCUCUACUCUUUUUGCAAUCUUUUAUCAAUGCACAGAAGUAAAACUGCACAAAAAUCACCUCGAUGCAUCCAUGUAUAGAAUCACAAAAAGAUUGAGCUUUCUUGCAGUGUUUUAUCAAUGUGAAUAUGUAAUUUGGAAGUAUGGGAAUAGGGAAAGGUGAUGAAAGACCUAGAAAGCUGCAGCAACAGGUUUAUGCAAAGUACAAAAUUCAGAAACGAAAAGAAAACUUGAAUCAGUGGAGGUUUCCUAAUGCAUCCAUUCCAUUUUAGAAAUAGGACCAGGGAAUCCCAGAACUCCAAAAAAAUCCAUUGAUAAAUUUAAAGAAGACUGUCAGAGGUACUUCUGUAUAGAAACUGCUUUGUUGAACCAGAAUUGGUUCAAAGUCAGGCAGUUGACUAGAUGAUAUUAAGGGCAUCAGACAACUCUGAUCCAUGGACAUUUUUCACUUAAAGCUUUCGUCUACAGAAGUCCCAUUGAAAUGAAUGGACACGUGUGUGCAUGCUCCUGUGCAGCUCCCCUUCAUUUCAAUGGAGCUUAUGUAGAUUAGCAGGAUGGGAGAAGCACCAAAACUAGGCUGGACUCUAGUAAUCUAACCUUUCUGCUGGACUUUAGCUGUAGUUCUCCGUUGCAUAGGGGCUGGAUUAGACAACCCUUGGGGUUUCUUCCAUCUCUGCAAGGAUUCUAUGAUUUUAACAGAAUGAAAGCAUUUGCUGAGAAACCUUGACAGGCCAUGACUCCACCAAGCUCAGAGAUCCAACUGGGUUUCCACCUUUAAUCAAUACAGUUUGAACAGCAAACUUUGAAUCAUAAAUAACAAUUUAGAAGAAAGGGGGGAGACACCUCCCCACCAUCACCACACAUUUUCUUUAGCUCAUAUGGCUGCAUUACUUGUAUAUUUAUAUAUUCUGUAUUUAUGUUACCAAAUGUAGUAUUUUGUAGCUGUUCCAGUUUGUUUAACUUGUAAGAUAAUGAUGCUGAUGCUAAUGAUUCUUAAUAUGGUCUCCCAUUCCUAGGCCAUUUCCCCUUUCAAACAUAGUUCCUAACCCCACCCACACCCCUUCCAAGCUCUGUUGGUUUUCUCCCACCAACAUCAAGGUUGCAGAUUGGACGUUUUGUUUUUUAUUUAAUGACUUUCCCUUUCUUAAAUUAUUUAUUAGUGUUUUUGUUGGGCUUCAUUUUGGUUUUUUGGUUCCCCCCCUUCCAACUUCCACUCCGCCCCAUCUCUGCCGCUGUCAACUGGCAGUUAAAUGAUGUGAUUCUUAGACCUUGUGUUUGUUUUUCCUACAAAAGAGAAAGAGAACGAAACACUUCAGUAUAUUUGUAAAUAAAAGCUACCUGUAAAUGAAAUGGGAUGUUGCUUUUGGAGUGAAUUCCCCUCUACCCACCCACUGCAUUUCACAAUGAAAAAGACACCUAUCACUCACUGGUGUGCAGGAAGUUCUGUGUUCAAUUCCUGACAUCUCUAGGGCUAUGGGUCUGCACGAGUCCUUACAGAGCAGUAAGCCAGUCAAAGCAGGUACGGUAAGUGGGUGUAGGUUGGCUCAUCCCCCCCUCCAUGUAGAAUUUGAACCAUUGGGGCACUAGGUUCUACAAAAAUCAUUCUUAAAUAUGAUAUUUAAGGUUUUCUCUAUGAAUGAGUAAACUUAUUGAUUUCAGAUUCUCAUUUCCCUUGCCUUUGUUCUCCACACUGCCACAUCAGUUUGCGAAAAAUAAAAAAUUAAAGUCUUCAGGAAAUUUCACCAGCAUUUCAGUGUGAUUUUCUCCUAGUUUGCACUUUUUUGUAUGCAGUUUUCCCUAACACGCAAAGCCAUUUCCCCUAAUGCAUUUGGUAUAUUAUUUACCAUGUUGAUCCUGCCCGAUGCCAUUUUGACCAGUAUACAAAGAAAACAUUCUUCUGCCUAACAACAGAAAGUCAUAAGGGUCAUCUCAUCCAAACCCCUGCAAUUCACAAAUCACAGCCAACAGACCUCUAACAUGUGACCAUCCAACCUUUUCCUAACUUUUAAUCAGAAUCUCCAUUCUUGUAAUUUGAUUCCAUUGGUAUGUAUUACAAUCCGAAGCAGCAGGGAAAAAAAAGCUUGCUUCAUCACCUAUGUAGCAGUUUCUCAGAUAUUUGAAGACAGCUGCCAUA